ACUGACGACGCAUGCGCAAUACGAAGUGAAAGCAUACGCACCAACAACACACAGCUAUCAAACUACUACAACAACCUUGACAUUAGGAAGCUAUGGGACACCUCGAAGGAUAUUCUCAAUGCUUGGAGGGCAGAAGGAAACACUAAAUCUGCCUAAAACGGAGCUUUAACGAAAACGGAAGAAGAGAGAAGUGAAACCUCUAGCUUGGGCUGUAGUUUUUUGAAGUCGCUCCAAACAGUUGUCAGACUCUACGCAGUUGCUUCCUGUUGUCAGUGAGGCUAAUAAACAUCUAACAGCGAGAUACAAUGUGAGAAGUAUCGUGAAAGGAUACGCAAAUCAAGGGCAGGAAACAACGUGGGACAAGACGUAAACAACCCAGCGGACCCCCGUGUGUUUGUGGUUGUUUUCUACAUGAGUCUGUUGACAGGAUGUCGCUGAGUUCAGGCGGUUGGACUCACGCGCCUGGCUACACACCGGACCAGCCCGCCGCCCUCCCCAGUCACUAUGGGGCCUCGCAGCCACAACCUGGCUGUCAAACCGUCCUCAUUUCGGUUCGGGUGUCGGUGUGCCAUUCUGGUAUUCGGCCGCUGUGUCUUCCGGGAGCAGGUGACGAGUCACUCCGCCUGCAGCUCAGCAUGGACCCGGGGAAAUCCGGGGAAUUCCGCCUGUCGCUCCAGGACAGCAGCGGGACUGGCCGGAGUGUGACCAUUGCUGAGUUUGAUCUGAGGACUGUAAACUAUGAAGUGAAGUCGCCAAAGUGCCACGAGCUAAGUUUGGCUGCACCUCCACAUGACCGCAUCAGCUUUAACUUCCGCUGUGAGCAGGAGGCCCAUGAAUGGGCUACCGUCAUGAUGUCAUCAUUAAGAGAAGCACAUAGAGCUGCCCCUCAGGACAAUGGUCCACAGUGCCCCCUGGAUGGUCUCCAUCUUCAGAACACAUUAGCUUUGCAACAAACAGAGGACACCUGCAUAGAGCUGACCCGGGCCAUAGAAGCAGGUGACAUGCAGUCUGCUUCCGUCAUAGCUGCCACGCUCGCUCGACAACAUGCUGCACUCAAGAUUCAACCCUUUGUCAAGGACUAUGAAGACACUGAAAUCAAUUUGACUGUUGUAGUUGAAGAUUCUUCCUCAUCCUGUUGUGUCACUGUGAAAGUUUACCCUCAUAUGACCACCGCAGCACUGAAACAGCAGAUGUUUCUCGAGUAUGGCUUUCACCCACGGGUGCAGCGCUGGGUGAUUGGCCAGUGCUUGUGCACCAACCAGCGCUCUCUCGGCUCAUACGGCGUCCGUCAGGAUGGUGACACGGCCUUCUUGUACCUCCUGUCAGCCCGUCAUGCUCGCUUGACGCUCCAAGUUCUCCAGCAGGACCAGGAGAGUGCCCUUCUCCUCAGUCCUCCAUCACUGUCACUCCCCACCCCUCCCCUGCCUUCUACCUCUGCAAAUGGCCCCUCAUCUCAGGACCGGAGGCCAUACACCACCCUGCCCCCAAAACUGCAUACCGGCAGCAGCACUGGUGGGUCAGAGAGAGGAAACGUCAGUGAGAUCAGAGAUCUUAUCAACCUAGAGAUGCCUCAACUCAAUGAAGCAUUGAGCCCCAGCACAUCUUCCACCCAGGGUUGGUCAUGCCCCUCUUGCACUUACAUUAACAAACCAACCCGGCCUGGCUGUGAGAUCUGCAGUACAAACCGGCCUGAGAGCUACGUCAUCCCAGGGGGAUACAGACCCGAUGCGCUGGAACUCAGGCGCAUCCAGCAGGAGAAGGAGGCUAUCAGACAGUACCAGCAGGCAAGGGAGGAAGAGCGCAGGGAGAAUUAUGCUCAGCUGGUGAUGACGGAUGGCCAUGAUCUGGUGCCUAACCCAGAGCCUGUGGACUGUAGGAUCUGCUAUGUGGACCUGCAACCUGGAGAGGGGGUCUUGCUGAGGGAGUGUCUUCACUGCUUCUGCAGAGAGUGUUUACGCUCAGUCAUCAUGCUGAGUGAAGAGCCUGAGGUGUCCUGUCCCUACAGAGAUGACACAUACUCCUGUGCCUGCUCCCUGCAGGAGAGGGAGAUCAGAGCUUUGGUGCCAGCAGAGGAGUAUGAGCGCUGGCUUCAGAGAGGUCUGUCAGUGGCAGAGUCCCGCUGUGAGGGCAGCUAUCACUGUGCUACUCCGGACUGUCGCGGCUGGUGCGUGUACGAGGACACAGUCAAUGUCUUCCACUGCCCCGUCUGUGGGAAACACAACUGCCUGAUUUGCAAGUCUAUCCAUGAGGGAAUGAACUGUAAGCAAUACCAGGAUGAUCUUGCAGCCCGUGCUAUAAAUGACUCUGCUGCAAGAAGGACAACACAUCUACUCAAGACUCUCGUGCAGUCAGGAGAGGCAAUGCACUGUCCCCAGUGUGGCAUCAUUGUACAGAAGAGGGAUGGAUGUGAUUGGCUGCGCUGCACUGUCUGUCACACUGAGAUCUGCUGGGUAACCAGAGGGCCCCGCUGGGGGCCUAGGGGUCCUGGAGACACCAGUGGAGGAUGUCGCUGCAACGUCAACAAUCAGAAAUGCCAUCCUAAAUGUCAGAACUGCCACUGAGAAACUCAAGAGUACUCAGACUGAAGAAGGGAACGAGAGACUGAAGUUAAAACAAACUAUACUCUGAAAUAGGGAAAAGAGGACUGAGUCGUAUAAAAAGCUACAACUGACUGUGCAGGAUUGUUACAUACAGUGCAUCCCGCUUGUUAUAACUGGAUACAUUCUCAGCAAAUUUCUAACCAUCACUGACUGCCAAAAUAAUCUGAAGAAUGACAGGAGUAAUAUGUUGACAUUUAUUUCUGCCUCUCGCAAACAAGGAAACACAAGCUGUGUCAGUUUAACAAUUCAGUGUUAAGCACAAAUGAAAUUAUCACAUCUGACUGAAAGUAUGGUUAGAAGUAUGCAGUCUUGGGUUUUUGUGUGUGGUGCCUUUAAAAUUAUUGCACUGCAAAUGUAGCAAUACAGGUUGUUGUUGUUUUCUGUUUUUGGUAGUUACAUACCAGAGUUAAACUGAAGUGACCUUAUUCUUGUGCACAAAGCUGUAGCAGAGUGUUUAUGAUGACAUUUUCUGGGAAAAGUGACAGAAUCCCUGUUGUGUCCUUGAUAUGCAAUUUUCUGCAUUGAGAUAGAUUAGACAACUAUAUAUAUAGUGUUAUAUAUAGUUGGUAAAUGUUUUGUGUCUUUGUGAUAAUGUGAUUGCAUGUGUGCCUUGUCACCAAAGAAGUUUGAAAUGAGUAUAUGUCUUAUUGUCAGUCUUUUGUUGUUAACCACCUGACUUAGAGUGCAAGAAGACUGCGUUCUGUUUGUCACUCACAUGCUUCCGUAUUUGACACAAAGUGCAGGUGUGGAGAGGUCACAGAGACCGUAUCUGCUGACCAGCUUAGUAUUGUGUGGUGACAUCAUCAGUACCCGGGAAAGUGUAUUGAUGAAUAGUCAAAUAUUCAUUGCAGUACUUGAAUAUUUUCUGUAAGAGAAGGCACAUGUAAACACGUUUUGUCAAUAAGCUCAUAUUCCUGUUACCAAACUCAAAUAAUAUAAUAGGGUGCAUAUAGUGAUAUUAGCUGGCAUACUUAACUGCUUUUUAAUGGAAUGUGAAAACUUUGUAUCCAUAUUGAUAUUUAGAAUAUUUUCUAAUUCACGUAAGAAUUUGUUAUUCUGAGACUAUAAUGAAUUUUCACAACUUCAUCACCUUAACCAGGAUAAGAGCAUGUAUCCUCAUAAACAGCACUCUGUGUUCAAGCUGAACUCCUAUCACAGUAUGUCCUCAACUACACUACUGCCCCACACUGAGAAGCCAUGAAUAACUCUUCACUGUUACUUGUGUUCAAAUGACAGCACUGUGUUGCUGAUGUUCCGCUGUGCCUUAAUGAUCAAUAAAUAUAAUAAAUAACUUUUAAGCUAACAAA